AGCGCAGAGGUCGAAAGAAGCGCAGAGGUCCAAAGACGCGCAGAGGUGCAAAGAAGCGCAGAGGUCCAAAGAAGCGCAGAGGUCCAAAGAAGCGCAGAGGUCCAAAGAAGCGCAGAGGUCCAAAGAGAGGAAAAUUUGCCAGUAAACCAACAGACAAAUGUUCUAAACGUAAGUUAACAUUGCAGUUAUAUAAUUCAGAGAAGAGUAACCGUAACUAUCCGAAUACCGUAAUAUAAUUUACAACCUGACACUUAAGGCAGUCGCAGCUCUAACAUAAUACAUUUUUAAAAUGUGUGACAAAAUACUAGCUUAAUUGUAUACUUUAGGAUUGGUUUUACUGGGCAGCGUCCAAAGGGGGAUGUUUGGGGAGCGAAUCAUACCGUUGACGCCAGAGGAGUAGCUGGAGUGUUUGGCGCCCGGGAACAAGAUUCAUUUUAAAGAGUCCCCGUUUCUUUUUUCAAGUCUUUAACCCAUCAUUUUCAUUAAUAUAAUACUAUCAAAGCACAUUUAGUCGCCUCUAUUUAGUCUUGCGCCGAGGGACAUCUGUCCCCCCUCUGCCCCCACUUAGUUACGCCCUCACAUUGGGUUGCGGAACAAAAUUUAAAAUAAAAAAAAAAUACAGCUGUGCUCUAGUGGCUCUGAUAACAAAACUAAUUUAAAAAAGAGCACGCCACCUGAACAGGUGUCAUCAGAAAAGGUGUCACCAGACAGGGGCAGGGUGCAAACAGAUCAGGUUCCAUCAAGGGAUGGUAUCACGAGAGCAGUCAGAUUCGGAGGUUGCCAACGAGGAUUUCUAGAAAGGAAGAGAUGAUUGCCCCAAACCAUGGUAACGCUAUUGGCUCUACUUCCAUGUUAAGACUAGAAAAAUUGUGUACCUUAUCUCUCGUUUUUAAAUUUGAUCUUACCUUUUAUUUCUCGCAACCUGUUUGCAUUUCUUACCACAUAAGUAUGUUAGAUUUCUCUAGCUAAGUUAACGAUAAACAUUGUUGUUUUUUUUCUUCAAAUUCCAGUACCGUUUUUAUUCGUUGACACCGGGAAACCAAACUGGCAAUACCUUAGAAUCCAGUUAUCAAUCUGUCGAACAAAUGAUGAGUAAAAUUCAAAUAAAAUCAGACGUAAGUGAUCGAAAUAAUAUUAUACUGACCUUAAUUGUUCAUUUCAAUCGUAUCCUCAAUCGUUUGUUCGAUAAAAUUUUAAUGAAAAUGAUGAUUUUAAAUUAUUUUGAUCAUAUUCUUUAUAUCGGUAUAUAUUUUUUGUACUUGGAAGGCGCAUAUUGUUUCAAAAGUAAGAUCAAAAUGUUUUAGAAUUUUAUUAUUAUUUUUUUCUUUUUUGUAAUAGCUCGUACUGUGGCUGAUAGGAUCAGAUGAAAACCAAACUCUUCAGAGUCCCUAUGGCAGACGUCUAAUUAAGGAAAUUUUAGAACUGGUCUCAGACAGUGGUAAGGGUCAGCACUCUUACAUUUAACAUCUUUUAAAUUUCAUAAAUGGUGGUAAUUGAAAAACUUAAAAAACAAAAAUAGUCUAUGUUAUUUUAUAUUAUUUUCUUAUUGGCUGAAUAGAAAAAUGUCUAUUGAAAUCUGAAUUUAGUAAAAAAAACAAUAAUUACACACCGGUUUCUUUCUCCUUUUAAAAUCAAGGCUCUCUGCUAGUAUGUCAAGGUACAGACAAGUUUUUUGGAAGCAUUAGAGCACCAUUCGGAAACCCAAAAUUGACGUCAGCUAAAAACAACUUUAAGGUCCUCUUGUGUGAGGUAUUACAAACAUACACACAUUUUAAUCAACCAUUUUCUUAUAACAAACAUGUAAUAAAAACGUAUAAUAAAAGUGUUUAAAUUUCUCAACAUAUAAUAUAUAUUAAUAUAUAUAUACACACACACACACAAAAUGUAUAAAUAGCACUAGUAAUAAUAGAGAAAGAUUCUAGUACAAGUAAUACGAAUUGUCGUAUUUAAAUUAUUAAUUAUUUAUAAUGAUGAUACAAAAAGUUAUUGUUAUAGUAAAGUUAAUAUUUCUAGCCACAUAAUAAUAAUCAUAAUAAUAAUAAAUAAUAAAAUGAAUAAUUUAUAACAGAAUGAACAUAUGGGAUACUCACCUCGUUUGCAAACAAUACGUACUCCCAAUGAAGGUAACUGAUACUUUUAAAGGAGAAAAAAAAAAAACAAUAAAAAUAUAUUGAACACAUUUUAUACAUUUCUUAAAAUUGCCGAAGAACAGUAUUACGCAAAUGAAUUAAACAUUUUUUGCAAGUAUGAAAUAUGAUUAGACAAGAUUGAAUAAGGAGAAAAAUAUCCUUUUUUCAUACAAAAACAAUGGACAAUAGGGGUAAAAAAACAACAUUCCAACAAAGAGUAAUUUAAACAUUUCUUAAAAGUUAACAGAGCUUUUACUAUUUCGUUCCCACAUAGUUUUAUUCAAUUCACCGUGUUAUAUCAAUGGUUGAUUUCCAGACCAAUGAUUCUAGACGUCUUUUUCAAUGUAAAAUUAAUAUGACCAAUGACUUCUAAAAAAUAUUCAUGAACACUUUGCUUUUAUUGAGCAAAUGCUAAGAAAUUAUUUUUAUUUUCUCUUUUUUGAAAAAAAAAAAUAUAUAACGUCGUCUAAUAAUUUUAAAUUUUCUCAGGACAUGCCAAAUUUCACUGUGCUAUUCUGUUUGAGGGUGGUGAUGUCACUUACAAUAAAGUUGUCCAAAAGAUUCCAAGCUAUGUAACGGUGAUACUUGUCAAGGUAACGCGUUCCACAUUUGUAAUUUUUCAACGUUACUUUAAAAUAGAGUUUACACCGAUAGUGUCAUGAACAUGUCUCUUUUGAUAAUAUGUUUUUAUUUACAGCGCGGUGAGCCCAUCCCUAGGCUGGAGUACCACGCUAUAAAAGACCACUAAUUAGUAUUAUUAUUAUUAUUAUUCUAACACCCCGGCUUACAUUAUGAUCCAUACUAUACUUCUUAAAUGUAAUUAUUUUAAAUGAUUAAAAAUUGGAUUCUUAACAACCAAGCAACCAAGACAUAUUGCUUUAUACUGCUAAGUCAAUAAAGCUCUUUUAAAAAUCAUUUUAUUUUGUUUCAAACGAAUUUUUGUACAGUGCUCUGUUACUGACAAUCAAAUUGGUCUAACUUGCAAGGAAAUUUUAUACUUUUUGCAAUGUCUUCGUCGUAUAUUUAUGAUGUCCUGAUACGAUAUUAAUACUUAUUGAAAGAGUAUCAUCGACAAUCUUAUCAUUAGGACAGUGUUAACGAAAUUUAUCAAUAAUUACACAUAUUAUAUUAUUUUUUAUAUUUUUUUUGCAUUGAAAACUAGUGCUUGAUAUUAAUGAAACUUGGAGCCUACAGACUUAAUACCCCAACCACAAAAGUUUAUAUAAUCUGUCAAUUCUAGGAAUCUAAUUUGCUAUCAUAUUUUUAUCACAUUUCACUUCUAGAAAAAAUUUGAGAUUGACAACGCACAAAAUAAUAGGUAAACAACAAAUAAAAUAAAAUAAUAAUUUGGCUCUAUGUCGUCUUUCUACUUAUAUUAUAUGUAUAUAUAUUUAGUUAGUAAAGUUUAUUUUUUUCUAUAAUUUGGAGGAAUUAUUUCAAUAAUUGGAAAAUUAAAGACUAUUGUACCAAGAUGAUUAGAUAUUUAUUUUAAAACCUAAGCAUACAAGCAAUAUAAUAUAUAUAUAAAUGAAUAUAUAUAUAUAUAUGCAUUAUAAAGAUAUCAAUGUUUCCAAACUUUUUGACCAUGACAGGUGUGUCUUGGACAUCGAGACAAAAUAUUCAGAAAAAGAAAUAUUCUCCAUUGGAGAGUUUAUUCUUAAAGGUAUUAGGAGCUGUUAAUUGAUAAAGAAUUUUGUUGUUUUAGGCCCACCUUACUGUAAUUAUCUACAGCUCGUACAAAAGGAUUGAUACCGAGAGGUUAAAGUUUUAAUUUUAAAAUCAAACGUCUCUCGUGCGAAUUUUAUUCUUCCGUCUUAAUUUGAUGUGCUUCUUUUCUGUUGUGUUGUUUCUUAUUCCCCGAAAAAAAGCUUUUUCUCAUCGUGCUCUAUUUAAAUCAGAGUUCCUGAAAAUAGAAAAACAAGACAAGAGAAAGAAUAGUCAAGAUAUGGUUCUAUUGUCCGUUUAUCUGAACCAAGUGCAUCUGGCCCCAAUGAUUGAAUAUAAGGUAAAAUUGUAAAAAAAAAUUUAUGAUUUAGCAGAUUAUUUAUAAUAUUAUUGUUUGAAAUUGAUAAUGUAAUACGUUUCUAAACAUCCAUUGUUUAGAUAUUAAAUUACAUUAUUUCAAUAAACUUAACACUCAAGAAAAGAACACAACACUUUAUAAUAAACAAUAUAUUUUUAAUAUUAUUUAAAAAAAUGUUUUCAGCAAUAACUGAUAGCUAUAAUACAAUAAGAUAAGUCAAGAAAAUAUCGAAAAUACACUUUAGUUCGUGUUUUGAAGAAAGGCGUGUAUGAUUUUUUCAUCACUUUGAUUCCUAAAAGAAACUUAAUUGGUUUGCAACUCAUAUUAUUACAUUAUAGGAUUACCCAGAAGCUAACAGCAAAGCUGAAGAUUUGGUAAUUAUUAUUAUUAUUAUUAUAAUUUUUUUUUUACAUUUUAACUUAAAUAAUUGCUUUAAUUCCUUAUCUGAAAAGAAUAAAGUCAAAAAGCCAAUUUCGAAAACUUUGGGAACUUAAUUCUUCUGAGUUGGUCCAUAGUUAGUUAUGAAGAGCCAGGUUAAAUAUGUUCUAUAGCUAGGCACAUCUUGUCUAAGGGUCGGCCCCAAAUUAAUUCUAACAAAAAACAAUAUUAGAAUAAACCAACUAAAAAAUAAAAUGAAAAUGCUAUAUAUAAAAAUAUGCCUCUAUUCUAACUUUUCGUUUGUUUUAAAGAAAAAAAAAAAAAGAAUCCAGACCACACAAAAAUACAGCGAUACCCUCUUAAGUAAAGUUUUACAAAAAUCAAAAAUAUAAUAAAUUAAUUAUAACAAAAAACAAUAAUAAAAAAAACCAACUAAAAAAUAAAAUGAAAAUGCUAUAUAUAAAAAUAUGCCUCUAUUCUAAAUUUUAGUUUGUUUUAAAGAAAAAAAAAAAAAAAGAAUCCAGACCACACAAAAAUACAGCGAUACCCUCUUAAGUAAAGUUUUACAAAAAUCAACAAUAUAAUUCAUUUUUUUUUUACCUAUUGAAAGUAGAAAAUACAAUACGAUUACGUAGUAUCUUUAGGGCCAUUCAAUUUUAGAGCCUCAAUAUAUCAUCAAACAGAAAUGGUUGGAAGAAACAUCAGCCCUUGCCGUCAGACUCUACCGACAGAACUGUUUGACACACCUUUGUCAAAAAGGGAUGGAUUUCAUAAAAUAUUUAACGGAUGCAAGCAUGCUCGAGCACUUGAACACA